ACUAACAUCGCCGUGCACAAGUCUCCACCGACUCGAACAAUGAUUGCUGCUUUGCUGCUGUCCUGCGCCUUGCUCUUCUGGACUGGUGAAGCCGCCGAGUGCACCGACGCCCAAACUGUUUCCGCCGCGUCCACCUGGGCUGAAGCUGCUGAGAAUUCAGCCUGCGCGCCGUACCUGACGCAGACGAAUCCCGUCUUGGUGAACGCGCCGUGUACAGCUACCGACUGUGUCGCUGUCGUGGAAGGGGUGGCCAGGGAUCUCCCCGACUGCACGGUCAGCGGCAUCAACAUCAAAAUCGAAGUCCAAAAUGCACUCACAGCUUGUAAUGGAGGCGACACUAGGGACGCUGGGUCCCUGGUGGAAGCUACUGAUGCUCCAUCGACUUCGUCUUCAUCAUCAGCGCUAACACCGGCAGCGACGACCAUAUCAAUGGAUUCGUACUGCGAUACUUCGGAGAUUAUCAGAAUGUGGAAUCUGUACGUGGCGACAGCUACAGGCGAAGAAUGCGAAUCAGACUCCGUUUACAACCCUGGGAAUAUCGACAUUAUAGCGCAGUGCAACUCGAAGUGCACGGAAGCAAUCAAGACCUUGGCUAACGAGCUACCGGAUUGCUUCUACGACUUCGAGUAUAUUAACAAGAAGCAGUACGUUAUGAAUCAGCUCGACGGAUGCGAUGGGGGUGCGACCUCCGUCAGUAUCUCACUGUUGCCCGACAACGCUGUUAACUACUCGUCCGCCGCCAGCGGAUUUGGUAGCGCUGCGGGGUUUUCGUCCUCGUCCGGGUCCAAUGCUCCCAUGGCAGGUGACAGCGCUUCAGGAUCGGAGCAACUUAACUCGGGAGACAAUCAGUCGGACAACACCCUGGACUCGUCCAACGUUGCAAGCGGGAGUAAUGCUGCCCCACCACGCGAUAGAAAUAUUCUCCCGUGGGUUUCGCUGACGGCUGCAAUCAUUGUGGCCUUCCUGAACUAACUGCCGGUAAUAGGACGAAGCUUCUCAAUUCGCAGACUGAUAUGUAUGUGUCAUUGCGUUCAUAUUUCAUUAUUUUUUCGCUUGAGAGAUAGCGGAGUCUCCAAUAUGGUC